AUGUCUAAACCUCUCCUCCUAUACACGGGUCCGACACCAAACGGUCACAAAGUCUCCAUCUUCCUCGAAGAGCUGAAGCAAACAUAUGAAGGACCCGAUUACGACGUCUUUUCCAUCAACAUCAGUACCAACGUCCAGAAGGAGCCUUGGUUCAUCAAGCUGAACCCGAACGGACGCAUCCCGGUGCUUGUUGACCGCUCCCGAAAGGACUUCGUGGUCUUUGAGACUGCCGCGAUCCUCCUAUACCUCCAACAGCAUUAUGAUAAGGAGAACAAAUUCGGCUUCGACAAGGACAAGGAUGCGGACAACUACAGCGAGAUGCUGCAGUGGAUUUUCUUCGCCCACGGAGGAGUCGGCCCCAUGCAGGGACAGUCGAACCACUUCCAGCGGUAUGCUCCGGAAGUCGUCCCGUACGCGAAAAAGCGCUACCUGGACGAGACGAAGCGUCUAUACGGCGUGCUCGAGAUCCGCCUGACUGAUCGCGACUGGCUUGCUGGGCCUGGAAGAGGCACGUACAGCAUCGCUGACAUAAACGUCCUUGCAUGGAUCAGAUUCCACCAGAUCGCGGGAGUGGAGAGCCUCGAUGAGUGGCCCCACGUCAAGGGGUGGCUGGCGAAGGCGCUAGAGCGCCCCGGUUUCCAAGCUGGUAUCAAGGUUCCGUGA